AUGAUUAAACGAGACACCAUUUUGAACUUGUUGAUAACUACGUUUGGCAGCGAUGGAGGAAAGACACAGAGUGAGAGGGGGCAGUUGGAAGAGAGGUGGUGGUGGUGGACAUGACAACGACAACGCAGGUAGUGAACACCGGGGCCGAGGGCGAGGAGGUAACGUUAACCACAGAGGCCGAGGUAAAAGGGACCAUUAUCGUGGGCGUGGACGGGGUGGAAACGACGCAGCAUCGGGCUUCCAUCGCCGCGACCAUAAUGAAGGGAAUGGGCAAACAUUGGACUGGGAUGAGGGUGAGAAGGUGGUGUUCUCCAGGAGAAAGCUGGAGUCUAACUGGGACCGCUACCUGGAGUCUGAACGGGUGGAGCCAGCCGACGACACACCCGCUGUGAGGGGAACAGACUAUCAUGUCCUGCUGGAAUCUGCAGGGGACUCGGUAACUCAAUUCAGGUUUACUGAAGAAAAGGACUGGGAGCUAGACCCCGUGGCCUCCAGUCAGAUGUCUGCGGUGCGGUUGGACCUGGUGGCUCUGGCACAGUGCCUCCAGGCUCUUCCCCUCCACCAGAGACUGCAGCUGGAGGCAGAGCUGGUCCAGGUGUCAACACCUCUGGAGUUGCCUGCUGCAACCGUUCCACCCAAGCAGGACCCCGUCGUGUUCACUGCUCCCAUCCCGGCUGCCAAAGGCCCCGACACGAGCCCCAGACUUUCCUUGGCCGGGAGUCUGCCGAUCGCCUCUCUACCUCAGGUGACCCGCGCCUCGGCCCACCUGUUGCCUGCAGACGACGCGGACGCAGAACUGGACCUCCUGCUGGGCUUGGACAAGCCUGAUCCAGGCGCUACAGGGAGCCAAUCUGCGGAAACGUCGGACAAACACGUUGUACAGGAGGUUGCGCCGGAGGUAGUGACAGAGGCAGUGACGGAGGCACCAGAGAGGGUGGAGGAAGAGCCGGCCCCGCCCACCAAGAUGGAGCCAGCCAAAAAGGAAGUGACGGAGGAGGAUCUGGAGGACUGGCUGGACAGCAUGAUCUCCUGACCAGGCCAGAGGGCGAGGCAGACAUGACGCCACAGCUUCAAGAAUACCAAACUACCGGUAGGCAACACUUAAACAAAGAGCUACGUUUGAUACAAUAGUAGUUAUUUUUUAAAAUUUUAUAUCUUCAAUGCCACAAAACUAACUUAACCUGAACAUAUUCAGAACUAGAGCGCUACAGUGUGUGAGGAGGGACAAAAAUGGGUUUUGCAUAGUUGCUUUGUUUUUCCUCAAGGCACAUUGGCAAAAACAGGUGAGCCAUCUCGGACCCUGGAAGAAACGUCACCUAUUUCUCUUAUUUCUUCUCUCAGGCGUUACAAGUCAAAC